AUGGAUACAUUAAAUUUUCGUGUCGCCGAAGAAAAAAACUUUCAUAGUGAAGUUCUAUUAUUUUCAUUUAAUCCGGAACAUGAUAUUAUCGUUGUGUGUUCUGCGAAUGGCGAUGUUAUUGCCUAUCAAGCUUAUAUUCGUAAAGUUUGGGCAUUAGGUACACGAAAUCAACGUAAAAAGCCGAUUAGUUUAGCAUGGCGACCUGAUGGACAAAUACUAGCUGUGACAUUUUCAAAUCGUACACUAGUGUUAGCAUCAGUUCAAGAUGGUCAUCAAUUACUAUCGGAACCGUCACCAUUUGAAGUUCGUGCAAUGAAUUGGGUAGAACGUACCACAGGACAACCAGAUGAUAAUGUUCAUGUUCAAUUUGAAUCAGUUCCGAUCGAUGAUUAUUUACCAGCUCUUGCUGAUUUACCAUCUAUUACUCGAACAAGAAAGCAUGUUGUCGAUCCACCAGAUGAUCUUUUUACACUUGAUAAACAAAGCAAAUUAAAUAUUUUAAUUUUAUUCGGCUCCAAUGAUAUACUUCUUCGUGCGUUCGGUCUGUGGCCUCUACUUCUAAUUAAUCGUUCAUCGUUACCUACUGAUCAAUCUCUUCUUUCUGUCACAAUGUCACCUUCUCUUGAUACUCUUUGUCUAUUGACACGUAGUGAUACGUCAGUUAAUUAUUCAUUAUUUGAAUGUACAUCGUUUCUAUCUGAUUAUCAUAAUGAUUACUUUCAUUUAACACGUUCACUUUGUCGUAUAAAAAGUUUAAUUUUAUUCAAUGAUAAGAUUUUUACAGCAUUAACUGAAUUAACAACAAAAUGCUUUUCUGACUUUCAAUCACGUGUUAAUACAUUUUGCGAAAUAAUGCGGCAACAAGGAGUAAAACAAUGGUCAUUUCAAUGUGAACUAAUGUCAUUACUGGCAACAGGCAAUUGCUCAGAACAGAUGCAACAACACUUUUUUGGAAAUAUUUUUGAUUAUGGCUUCGCUAAAAAAUUAGUAACAACUUUUGAUGAAACAAGAGUUAAAUCAAAAGAAUUAAUUGUUAUGUUCGGAAGAACAAUUGAACAUAUAUUCGGAUAUCUUGUAGAAAUUAAAGGGUUACAACAAUGGUACGGAAAAUUUGAUCAGAUUGAAUUCGAUUCACAAAUUCUGGAGUCAUCUUUAUACAAUGCUGGCAGUCUUCUAUUGAAGAUCAAUGAAUACACCGACUUUCUCCAUGAAAUGUCAGAUGUUUAUACAUUUUUUUUACGCUGGUUGGGUUUCGUUGCUCAUCAAUUGCAUACAUCGAAACAUAAUACAAGUACACAUCAUGAUGAACAAAUUGAAUGUACAGAAGCUGAUUGGGACCAUUUAAUUGAAUUUAUUGAUGCCUAUUGUGCAUUCGAUGAACCUGUACUUGACAUAUUUGCAAUGUAUUUAAAAUCCGAAAGUUUACCAGAAACUCUCGUACGUGAUUCAUCUUAUCGAAAAUUAUUUGAUCAUACAAAUAAUAAUAAAAAUGCAUGCUUUUCACCAAAACCACGACGAUCCUUAAUAGGUGCUUAUCAAGAUUUAAAACAAUCCAUUACAAAAGCAUUUGAAAUACGAACAAAUAAUUCAAUUUUACAGCUGAAUAAACCAUUACCAUUACUUACCUCAAUACCGAUCGAUCAUCAAUCGUCUGCACCAAUCGAAUUCGAUCAUCGUCGUAGUCAACAUUCAAUUAAUUAUAUUAUUCAACAAAAUUCUUUACAAUUUCAUUUAAUUACCUAUACAUCGCCAACUAAACAAUGUCUUGUUCGAUCAUUUGAUUUUCAUCAUAUUCUUGGUUUACAUCGUUCAAUAGUAAAUUUUAAAAUAUAUGAUGAUGAUAAAUUAGCAAUGGUUUGCACUAAUGCAAUGGAUUCCGAUAAUGGAAAUAGUAGUGAAACAAUUCUAUUCAAUACCAAUCAUCAAUCAAAUCUAUUGAUUGUUAGUUUGAAAUCUUUAAUGGAUUCACAAACUACGGAUUUUGUGGGCAAUAAUGCAAAUACUACUUUAUCAUAUCCAUUAAAAGAUAUACCAUCGAAAUUAACUGUUGACGGAAGACGCAAUCUAAUUGCUGUGUGGGCAAAAAAUCGAAAGCUUACUACAUUUAUUCAUAGCCCAUCGGAUGAUAUCAAUCAAGGUUCAUCUUCAUCUCAAGCACCAAGUCGAAUGGAUGACGAAAGUACAUUAGUACAAUCUGGUUCAGUAACAACAAUGAUCUCAUCACAAGAGAAUUCCAGUAAGAAAUUAUUUAUUCGACAAAAUAGUGGUUCAUUAAUAGAUGAUGAUGAUGAUGAUAAUAAUAAUAAACGAAAGAAACGACGAAACCGUACAACGUUUACAUCGUAUCAGCUUGAAGAAAUGGAACGUAUCUUUCAAAAAACUCAUUAUCCAGAUGUUUAUGUUCGAGAACAAUUAGCUGUACGCUGUGAUCUUACAGAAGCACGGGUGCAGGUUUGGUUUCAAAACCGGCGUGCUAAAUGGCGUAAACGUGAAAGAUAUACUGGUGCGUCUCAAAUACAUGGAUUAACUAUACCACACGCAAAUCCUUAUGAUAUUUCAUUAUUUUCAGUUGCCAGCAGUCAAUAUCCUUCGUUAACAACUGCUAAUAGUUGGUGUUCAACAUCGGCACCUUCGUUGAGUCAUCUUCCUUUUCGAGAUCAUCAUCAACCAACAGAUUCAUCAUCUUCAUCAAUGAUCAUGCAAAAUGCAUUACCUAAUUUUAUGAAUCUACCUUAUGCAUUUCCAUCCUUAUCUCACACAUCGACUUCAGCGAAUAAUUUUAAUGCAUCGCCGUAUACUGGAUAUAAUCUUAAUUCAGAUCAUCGAAGUAAUUCAAUUGCAACACUACGUCUUAAAGCUCGUGAACAUAGUGUUGCAUUUGGUAACUUGUAA